AUUUGGUUAGGAAACUUUCGUGCUUCAAAUUUCAAUAGUCAAUCAGUCGUAGUACAGAAGAAUUAUGGUUUAGAUAAGAUCUCCAGUAAUGAAACAGCUUGAGCUGUACCAAUUUUAUAUUUGAAGACAUUUUGCAACUUUGAAAUGACUUCGGAGAACUCACUCUGGCUGAGAUCUUUACUAGCUGAUGUUCAGUUAGAACAAUUUUAUGCUGAAAUAAGGGAUGCAUUGCAGGUCACCAGACUUUCUCAUUUUGACUAUGUUAAAAGUGAAGAUUUGGACAAGAUUGGGCUCGGUAAACCAGCUCAAAGACGAUUGCUUGAUGCAGUGAAAAAGGCCAAAGCUGCUCAGAAGAAGAAAAACAAGAAUAAACCUGGAAAUUUGAAUAUUGCUGCCAAAGAUUUUGAAAGAUCGAGUUUGACCUGUUUUAUUAGUGAAAAAGAACUCACUCAACAAGAAAAGAUUGGUGAUGGAUCAUUUGGUGUUGUACGUAAAGGAGAGUGGACCACACCGAGUGGAACUACGAUCGCUGUCGCCGUGAAAAGUCUAAAGUUGAACAUGUUGACAGAACCGGAAGUAUUUGAAGAUUUUGUAAAAGAAGUGAAUGCAAUGCAUAUGCUCGAUCAUCCAAAUCUCAUUCGAUUAUAUGGAGUUGUUAUAUCAUCUCCCAUGAAAAUGGUCACUGAACUUGCAAAUUUGGGUUGUUUGCUUGAUCACCUAAGAAAAUUUCAACGUCAUGUUAUUUUCACGCUCUGUGAAUAUGCUGUUCAAAUCGCCACUGGGAUGGCUUAUCUUGAACAUAAACAUUUCAUUCAUAGGGAUCUUGCUGCAAGAAAUAUAUUGCUGUCUUCCAAAGAAAAAGUAAAGAUUGGUGACUUUGGUCUCAUGAGAGUUCUUGAUACUAAAGAUGAUCAUUAUGUCAUGGCAGAGAAAAGAAAAAUACCUUUUGCUUGGUCUGCUCCAGAAUCUCUAAAAAGACGUCAAUUUUCCCAUGCAAGUGAUGUAUGGAUGUUUGGAGUUACAUUGUGGGAAAUGUUCACUUAUGGACAGGAGCCAUGGUUAAGUUACAAUGGUGCUCAGAUAUUACACAAAGUAGACAAAGAAAAUGAACGAUUAUUGCAACCAGACAAUUGUCCGAAUAAUAUUUAUAGAUUAAUGUUGAAUUGUUGGAGGCUUCAACCUGAUCAAAGACCAACAUUCAAACGAAUAAAAGAAGUCAUUCCCCAAAUGUUCCCGAAAGAACUUCUCUCGACCUGUGACCUCAAUGAACCAGAUCGACUGAAAAUCAUGAAAGGAGACAAAAUCACUGUUAUACGUGGAAGGGCCGAACAUCAUUGGUGGAGGGGGCAAAAUAAAAGAACACUGGAAGUUGGAGUUUUUCCAAGACUAGUGACAAAUUCAGGGCAAGAUGGAUUCAGUCGUGAUGAUAUCAGCCGUCCACUCAAAAACUCGUUUAUUCAUACUGGACACGGGGAUAUUGACCCGACUCGGAGUUGGGGAUUUCACGAACGAAUUGAUGAUCUCUACCUUGGAAAUCCUAUGGAACCACCCGAUCUGGUUGCAAUAGAUAGUAUAGAAAAAACCAACGACACAGAAGGAGGAUCUCCACCAGGAACAAGCAAAAGAAUAUUCUCUAAAUCAGCUAAAGACAAAUACAAAAAACUUGAAAACACUGUAAAAUCGAAAAUUGUUUGGAGAGAACCAAAUAAAUGUAAACAACCAACAUCAAUGGAAAACCAAAAGAAAACUAAAACUUCUACAAGACAGAGAAGAAGAAAUUCCGCAGAUUAUCCAGGGUCACCUCCCGUAAAUCAUGAAUAUUCUCAUCCUCCUGUUUCACUUGCUCGAUCAAACUCUCAAGAAAAUCCGAGGGUACAUUCAGUACUGGAUGAAAGUUUAUCGCAGUCUCCAACAAAAGGAGGAUCACUACCUUCGCCAAUUAAACCUUUCUACGCAUCUGAAAAUUUCUUUCCUGAAAAUAAUGAUUCGAAAAAUCAGUGGAAGACAGGGUAUGAUAAUAAAGCUGCUAACCUUGCCGAGACGCAAUCGACCCCUGUUUAUGAUGAAGUCGAACCUGAUCGAGAAGAUUCUGUAGGUCAAUAUUCAUGGGACGUUCACUUUCAUGAUGAUAUGGAGAAUGAAACAAUGGAAGGUGUACGACAAGCCUUACAACUGUCGUCAAUGCAAGAAUCUGCUAUAAAAAGAACAGAACAAGACAUUUCGUCUGCUUUCUUGAGUGAUAGUAGCGGAACACCACCAAGCGUCGUGUCACAAUCACUUGGAAAUUCCGCAAACUUUUCUCACAAUCCAUUUUACGAGACAGCAAACAACAGCAAUAAUCCAUCUCCCAAUUUGAGAUUUCGUUCUUAUUCAGUCGGGGUGCCGGCACCAUCGACUUCUCCGCAGCCCCCACAAAAACCCAAGAUUGAAUUAAAACCAGAUGCUUUCGAAGAUCUUAAAUGUGAAUUUUUGAAGAAAUAUCACUUGGAUAAGACCAGUGCAAUAGUAACUCCUGAUUUAUUUCCCGAACGGACAAGCUUGAAAUCUAACUCUCCCACCACUGCUAUAAAACCUUUAUGUAUGACGGAACCUUUAACUCCCUCACCGGUAAAUUUGUCAUCAAGUAGAGGUGCUAGUCCUGUUGUGAUACCAGAAAUCGCACCUUUUCCUGUAUCCCAGCCCAGUACAUUAUCUGCGUCUGUCGCUGCUAUUGCAUCUAAAUAUAAUUAUGUUCCACCUAGUGGCAGAACUGAUGAUCAUAAUGUUGUAAAACGAAGCCAUUCCGCUAACGUUCACACAACGAGGGUGAAAAGCUGGUCUGAAGCCCCACCACAGAUCCCGCCACGAGAACCAACGCGAAUUAAUGCUGGGCCUGGUUUUUCUUCUGUUUCCAACAAUCAGCAAGUAUAUAGUACUGAUAAUGGGCAGAAACAACAAUGCACAACUCGUUCUAUAUUCUCUGCAACACCUUCAAUAGGUCAAGCACAUCCUGUUAUUUUGCCAAUCAUUAGAGAUGGAAAAAAACUCAGUUCAACGCAUUACUAUCUUCUGCCUGAAGAAAAGGCUUCUGGGAGAAAUGUACCUCGUGCUCAUGUAAUGCCUUUUUCUCAAACAACCACUGCCUACAGCUUGCCAGCUUAUAAUCCUGCCACAACCUCACCUGCUAUUCAGACAGCACAUAGUAGAGAACAAUAUGCUGCCUCUGCUGCUGCCCGAUUAAAUUAUUCACAAAUGAGACCGGAAGAUAAAAUGAAAGAAUUACAGAAAGAAGUUUUUGGAGUCACUGAUGAACAGUGUGAACAUGCUCUCAAACUCAAUGUAUGGGAUGUUUCGAAAGCCAUCAAGUAUUUAAAGAUUGAGCAAUUGUUUAGCAUGGGAAUUGCUCCUCGUAAUCGUUGCCAGCAAAUGCUACAAAUAAUGAACUGGAAUCUGGAAACCUCUUCUAAUGUCCUUCUACAGGAAUUCAAAAACGAUGCAUCACAUUAAUAAUAAAAUUAAUCAUCCUAUUUAGAGAGUAAUGAUAAAAUUGGGGAUAUACGAGACUACAAGAUUCAGCAGACUACUUUUAUGCAUAUUGUUCUCUAUUCAAAUUCGAAAAUAGUUACAUUUGAAAAUUUCGAAUCGGCAAUUUGUUCAACUUCUUUGUUAUGUAAGAAAAAUGAACAAAUUACAUAAAUUUGAUUGUAAAUUCAGAAACAGUUUCUUUCGCUGGUGGUAAAAUAUAAAUUGAUUCUUCACAAAAAUUUGAGAACUACUGAAAAUUGAAAUUGAAUUGCUGCAAAUUCAUAAAAAAAUUGAUACAAGUUUGCGUUAUUGCUUUUACCAUCUGAAUACCUUUAAGAGCUGUAAACAAUCUUCUCAUCGCUUACUCAAAAUGUUUAAAAAAAGAACUACUACAGUGUUGUUUUAAAUUCAUUUUUGAUUCUUAUCAAGAGCAUGUUUUCAUUUAAUAUUUUAAUUAUUCACUCUUUCAUCCCAGUAUUUUAAACGGUGAAACAUCUAUAUAUUGUACUACUUUGUUUUAUUUUUAUUUAUUACUCAGUAUUUUAUUUACCGAUAAAGCGUAAGACAUUAUCCAUAUUUGAUGUUAUAGAAUUUAUCGUCAUUGCAAUCGAGGUUAAAAAUUUUGUUGUGAUCACACCAAUCAAUAAAUUCUAAAGCUGUCUUUGUUUCAGAAUUUCGCAUCUCGUUUGAAAUUAACUUUCAAGUAUAUAUGAUUGUGUUUGUAUUGCAUUUUCAAGUUACAGGACGGUGACGUGACCUUGGGUCUAGAAUUUAAGGUUCAGAAUUUUAAUUUAUGUAUCUAAUUUAGCUUGAAUUAGCAUCUAAGGGUUUUUCGAACACUUAGUGUUAUGGAGCCUGCGAAAAGGUUGACUAUUACCGGUAUUUACGAAGCCCCAUGAUAAAUUUUAAACAUGAAAACAAAAAAAACAUUGUUAUUUGUUACUACCUGAGUGAAUUAAAAUUACUUUAUUUAUUGACUCGAGCAUAUUCGAAGCUUUGUAUUUGAAAAAUAUUCAAAUUGCGGUUCAAUUUAAGUCACCUGAAAUAUCAGAUCAUUUCCCACAUUCAACCGGUUUCUCUUACAGAGCCUUGGGCCCCUGAACCUAUGGCAUAGACAUAGUAAAAAGUGGUAUUAAGGAAUAUAGUUAAAUUAAAAUUAGGCCUUAAAUAAGUGAUUGAGCAAAGCAUUAUUGUCGAAUUAUCCUAAUUGACACGGUGAAAUUUUGGUUCCCCAUCAAUAUUAUUAUUGCACUCCCAGGAUUUCAAGUUUUGCAAAAUCCAAAUUAUAAAAUAUCCCACUAUGUCUAUAAAAAUACUCUAGUCCUGACAUUAUUAAAGUAUACUUGUCUUAUUCUUUAUCCUUUGUUUUCCGAUCCAUUUUGCACCAUUUUUAUUGGAACGUGGUAUCAUGUUAUUGUGCUAUUACAUUCUAAAUCUUUAUCAUUAUUUGUAUCAGUACAUAUAGUUAUUUUCAUAGUCAAAAGAUAGUGUUAUAUGUUGAAAUUUUACAGAUAUAUGUUUAAAAAGAUGGUUUUGGAUUGGUCUGAAAUGCCCAAGUGGAUAGAGGACCUGAAUGCAUCCAUGAUAUAGAGUUUUAUCGCGGUUAUAAUCUAAUCAAGAAUAUUAUUUUUACCCAUGGAUUUGGCCUGGUAUUCUUUGAUAGAUUUAUGGAUAAGGCUAAAAAAUAGGUAUCAACCAAAGGCUUGUGAUCUUCGAUUUUUUUAUCAAAAAGGUGGAUUUUAUCAAUUUUACACCAAAACUUUUGAUUUACAAUAUACUCUUCAUUCAGGCUUCGAAAAUAAUUUUAAAAUAUGUUAAAAUAAAUAAUAAUUUGAUUUGGCCAUUUCUGUAUACCAGUUUUUCUAAAUUUUUGCACUGACCCUCUUUUAUUCUUGUUUGAAAAUGACAAUCCGGCCUUAUUCUAUUGGUUGUAUUACAUAAACCAGUUAAGUAUGUGGAGUUAAAAGGUAUAGCCAAGCUUAACUACAAAAACAAAACAUGAGAUCUAGACUUAGUAUAAAAGUGGUGAUAUUUUACAUGUUAUUGUGAAUGAAAACGGCUAACCAUACCUUCUAUGCUCAAUAUGAACCCUUUUAAACAAGUAAACAGUCAUGAUUGAACCACCUAUUAAUACUCAUUCUACCUGUGACUACCAAACAACCCAUUUUUGAAAUUGAUAUAGUCGAAAUUUUCUUGAAGUAUAACCAAAAUGACAUUUUCAUCUUCCACGCUGUGGAAGCGACAAUAAGAUAAAGGAACUUUUGGUAAUUGGUUUGAGCGCUGGUAGUUCUCUCCUUUUGUACUUUAUUGAAUAAAGAUUUGUCCUCUCACUUCACUAUUACUAACUAUCCUGGACACCAGACGCAUGGCUUGAAAGUUAUACAUUUUGUUGUAUUUUGAUACUGCAUAUUAAUAUAAGUACUGGUGAUUUUCAAA